AUGGGUCACCAUGGAGUUUCAGACAGACACAUCGGCGUGUAUGACGGCUUAACGCUCACCUCACCUCUGCUCUUUUGAGUUGUCAGGGUUCUAAUUAUGUAUCUUGAUGCUGAGCCAUCAUGCCCCCUUUGGCUCCCUCACCUAUGCAAAGUAUACUAUAAAAUAUAUUAAUAUAUUUACAAAUAUCAUAAUAUUCAUUAAAUACAGCCCGUCUGGGAAAUGAUAACAGUUGGGCUAUUAGCAGCUCUGUAUGUAUGUGGCUGGAUGACAUCCCAAAGUCUCCAUAUCCAUAUUGCUGAUUAUUUAACUUCACAUUCACUCUGUGUGUACAGGUCUGAGGUUCUAUAUCAAUCUGACCCCAGGACAGUUUUAAUAUGAUAAACAUUAUGUGAACUGCACAGCUCAUAGAGAUCCUAUUAAAUUACUUAUUCUACUAUUCUAAUUGCUAAUUUAAUACAGCCAUCCUAAUUGUGUCUGGUCUGGGACCAUAUUCACAAAGCGUCUCAGAAUAGAAAUGCUGAUUUAGGACAAGUAUUGCCUUUUAGAUCAUAAUAAGAUAUGGACAGUGUGGACCUGAUCCUAGAUCAGCACUCCUAUUCUGAGACAUGUUGUAAAUAUUGGCCCUGUUCUCUCUUUCUCUGUAGGGAUUACAUCGAAAAAUAUGAGAUUAAGGGCCUGAUCCAGGAACAGCUCAACUCCAUGUCCAAGUGAGUGAUCGCUCUUCAACACACACACACACACACAAAUGUCAACGCUACUAUUUAAAGCAUUUGUCAAAAAUAACGACAACCUUAUUUUUUCACACAUCAUGAGGUGACAGCAAAAUUUGGCGUCAGCAUGUCUGUCACACACACAUGCACUCGCAUCGUCUGUGUGAGGAGCAAAUGUAAGACAUCCAGAUUGCGCAGCAGUGGAAGCCAGGUUUCCUGGUAUUCUUUUUGUCUGGAUGUCCUGCGGAGUUGUUUGUCUGUGUGUUAGUUUGUGAUUGUAUCUUUGUGUGUGCGUCAGUGUCAGUCUGUGGUUGCUCUUAGUUAACAGCCUGAGAAGCCUAAUCUGUGUCUGUGUCUGUGCGUGUCGUUGUGUUGUGAUUCUGUGCUCCCUGAUUGGCUCCCCAGUGACAUGAAGAGCGUCCUGCUUGAUCCCGAGCUCAACCUGCUGCAACGCUGCCUCCUGGUGUCUCGGUGAGUGAGGGAGGGAGUGGGCAUCACUGCAAAAAACUUGUCCUGUUCUCCCAUCUUCCUGUCCCUGUCUACAUAUCCACACUAGCAUACUGCUUAUUAUGAAGCAAUUUAUUGGGUACACAGCCUUUAUUCUAAGUGGUGGGCUAGUAUGAACAUUGGAAGUAGCCUUGCUGUCCCCUCAAAACACACCCCACACCCCUCCUUAUGCUCUGGGGUGAAGUUUAGUCUAGGUACAGAUCUAGGAUCAGCUUGCCUUCCCCUAAUCCUAACCUUAACCAUUAGUGUGGGAAAUUCAAAACUGACCCAAGAUCAGCAUCUAGGGGCAACUUCUCCGUACACCCCUCAGCACUGGUUGGCACUAUUUUUAUUUGUCCCUCUGCAGGUUAUUAUAAUUGGGCAUUGAAUUGUGAGUCUUAUGCCUCCAGAGAUAUGACAAGGGAAAUAUGUUAGUAGUAUAAAACAAGAGUAAAAUAUGAACACUAGAAAAAACACGUGACCAACCUUGACUUUAGUGCUUAUUUGACACACACAGAGGUCUAUAGAGCCUGUCUGCAUUCCUGAUUUUUGUAACGGUUACCUGUGUAUUUGUAUUUAGUAAGGAUCCCCAUUAGCUGCUGCCAAGGCUACUUUUCCUGCUGUCCAGCAACAUUAAGGCUGUUAUAUACAGUUUAAAAUAUUACAUGACAUUACAUUUCAUAACACUUUUCACGAUACAUUGUGUUCCCUCAGGCCACUACUCUACUGUCACAUAUCUACAAUCUAAAAUCCAUGUGUACGUGUGUGUAGAGUGCAUGUCUUAUCAUGUGUAUGUGUGUCUGUGCCUGUGCGUGUCUUCACAGUCCCUGCGGUUCGAUAAAGUGUGUUUUUAUCAGUAUUUUAAAUCUGAUUCUACUGCUUGCAUCAGGUACCUGAUGUGGAAUAGAGUUCCAUGUAGCCAUGGCUCUAUGUAGUACUGUGCGCCUCCCAUAGUCUAUUCUUGACUUGGGGAUUGUGACGAGACCUUUGGUGGGAUGUCUUGUGGGGUAUGCAUGGGUGUCCGAGCUGUGUGCUAGUAGUUUAAACAGACACCUUUGUGCAUUCAGCAUGACAACUUCUUACAAAAACAAGUAGUGAUGAAGUAAAUCUCUCCUCUACUUUGAGCCAUGAGAGAUUUACAGUGCAUUCGGAAAGUAUUCAGACCACUUGAGUUUUUCCACAUUUGUUACGUUACAGCCUGAUUCUAAAAUGGGUUAAAAACAUGUUUUCCCUCAUCAAUCUGCACACAACACCCCAUAAUGACAAAGUGAAAACAGGUUUUUAGACAUCUUGCAAAUUAAUACAAAAUAAAAAACAGAUACUUUAUUUACGUAAGGAUUCAGACCCUUUGCUAUGAUUGGAGUCCAACUUGAUUGGAGUCCACCUGUGGUAAAUUCAAUUGAUUGGACAUGAUUUGGAAAGGCACACACAUGUCUAAAGUGAGGGGAAAAAAGUAUUUGAUCCCAUGCUGAUUUUGUACGUUUGCCCACUGACAAAGACAUGAUCAGUCUAUAAUUUUAAUGGUAGGUUUAUUUGAACAGUGAGAGACAGAAUAACAAAAAAAAUCCAGACAAAUGCAUGUCAAAAAUGUUAUAAAUGUAUUUGCAUUUUAAUGAGGGACAUAAGUAUUUGACCUCUCUGCAAAACAUGACUUAGUACUUGGUGGCAAAACCCUUGUUGGCAAUCACAGAGGUCAGACAUUUCUUGUAGUUGGCCACCAGGUUUGCACACAUCUCAGGAGGGAUUUUGUCCCAUUCCUCUUUGCAGAUCUUCUCCAAGUCAUUAAUGUUUCGAAGCUGACGUUUGGCAACUCGAACCUUCAGCUCCCUCCACAGAUUUUCUAUGGGAUUAAGGUCUGGAGAAUGGCUAGGCCACUCCAGGACCUUAAUGUGUUUCUUCUUGAGCCACUCCUUUGUUGCCUUGGCCGUGUGUUUUGGGUCACUGUCAUGUUGGAAUACCCAUCCACGACCCAUUUUCAAUGCCCUGGCUGAGGGAAGGAGGUUCUCACCCAAGAUUUGACGGUACAUGGCCCCGUCCAUCGUCCCUUUGAUGUGGUGAAGUUGUCCUGUCCCCUUAGCAGAAAAACACCCCUAAAGCAUAAUGUUUCCACCUCCAUGUUUGACAGUGGGGAUAGUGUUCUUGGGGUCAUAGGCAGCAUUCCUCCUCCUCCAAACAUGGCGAGUUAAGUUGAUGGCAAAGAGCUCGAUUUUGGUCUCGUCUGACCACAACACUUUCACCCAGUGCUCCUCUGAAUCAUUCAGAUGUUCAUUGGCAAACUUCAGACAGGCCUGUAUAUGUGCUAUCUUGAGCAGGGGGACCUUGCGGGCGCUGCAGGAUUUCAGUCCUUUACGGCGUAGUGUGUUACCAAUUGUUUUCUUGGUGACUAUGGUCCCAGCUGCCUUGAGAUCAUUGACAAGAUCCUCCCGUGUAGUUCUGGGCUGAUUCCUCACCGUUCUCAUGAUCAUUGCAACUCCACGAGGUGAGAUCUUGCAUGGAGCCCCAGACCGAGGGAGAUUGACAGUUAUUUUGUGUUUCUUCCAUUUGCGAAUAAUCGCACAAACUGUUGUCACCUUCUCACCAAGCUGCUUGGUGAUGGUCUUGUAGCCCAUUUCAGCCUUGUGUAGGUCUACAAUCUUGUCCCUGACAUCCUUGGAGAGCUCUUUGGUCUUGGCCAUGGUGGAGAGUUUGGAAUCUGAUUGAUUGAUUGAUUGCUUCUGUGGACAGGUGUCUUUUAUACAGGUAACAAGCUGAGAUUAGGAGCACUCCCUUUAAGAGUGUGCUCCUAAUCUCAGCUCGUUACCUGUAUAAAAGACACCUGGGAGCCAGAAAUCUUUCUGAUUGAGAGGGGGUCAAGUACUUAUUUCCCUCAUUAAAAUGCAAAUAAAUUUAUAACAUUUUUGACAUGCAUUUUUCUGGAUUUUUUUUGUUAUUCUGUCUCUCACUGUUCAAAUAAACCUACCAUUAAAAGUAUAGACUGAUCAUGUCUUUGUCAGUGGGAAAACGUACAAACUCAGCAGGGGAUCAAAUACUUUUUUCCCUCACUGUAUAUGUAAGGUCCCACAGUUGACAGUGCAUGUCAGAGAAAAAACCAAGCCAUGAGGUCGAAUGAAUUGUCCAAGACAGGAUUGUGUUGAGGCACAGAUCUGGGGAAGGGGACCAAAAAAUGUCUGCAGCAUUGAAGGUCCCCAAGAACACAGUGUAGCCUCCAUCAUUCUUAAAUGGAAGAAGUUUAGAACCACCAAGACUCUUCCUAGAGCUGGCCGCCCGGCUAAACUGAGCAAUUGGGGGAGAAGGGCCUUGGUCAGGGAGGUGAACAAGAACCUGAUGGUCACUCUGACAGAGCUCCAGACUUCCUCUGUGGAUAUGGGAGAACCUUCCAGAAGGACGACCAUCUCUGCAGCACUCCACCAAUCAGGCCUUUAUGGUAGAGUUGCCAGACGGAAGCCACUCCUCAGUAAAAGGCACAUGACAGCCCGCUUGGAGUUUUCCAAAAGGCACCUAAAGGACUCUCAGACCAUGAGAAACACGAUUCCUUGGUCUGAUGAAACCAAGAUUGAACUCUUUGGCCUGAUGCCAAGUGUCAUGUCUUGUGGAAACCUGGCACCAUCACUACGGUGAAGCGUGGUGACAGCAGCAGGGACUGGGAGACUAUUCAGGAAUGAGGGAAAGAUGAACAGUGCAAAGUACAGAGUUCCUUGAUAAAAACCUGCUCCAGAGCGCUCAGGAUUUCAGACUGGGGCGAAGGUUCACCUUCCAACAGGACAACGACCCUAAGUGCACAGCCAAGACAACGCAGGAGUGGCUUCAGGGCAAGUCUCUGAAUGUCCUUGAGUGGCCCAGCCAGAGCCCAGACUUGAACCCGAUCGAACAUCUCUGGAGAGACAUGAAAAUAGCUGUGCAGCAACGCUCCCCAUCCAACCUGACAGAGCUUGAGAGGAUCUGCAGAGAAGAAUGGGAGAAACUCCAGAAAUAAAGGUGUGCCAAGCUUGUAGCGUAAUACACAAGAAGACUCGAGGCUGUAAUCGCUGGCAAAGGUACUUCAACAAAGUACUGAGUAAAGGGUCUGAAUACUUUUGUAAAUGUGAUAUUUCGGUUUAAUGUAUUUUGAUAAAUUUGCAAAAUAAUCGAAAAACCUGCUUUGUCGUUAUGGGAUAUUGUGUGUUGAUUGAUGAGGGAAAAACAAUUUAAUGCAUUUUAGAAUAAGGCUGUAAUGUAACAAAAUGUGGAAAACGUCAAGGUGUCUGAAUCCUUUCCGAAUGCACUGUACAUACAUAUUAUUAAUGUUACCUCUCCGUCUACAUUUAAGGGCUAGCCGUGCUAACCUGUUCUGAGCCAAUUGUAAUUUUCCGAGGUCCCUCUUUGUGGCAACUGACCAUAUGACUGAACAGUAGUCCAGGUGCGACAAAACUAGAGUCUAUAUGACCUGCCUCAUUGAUAGUGUUGUUAAAAAGGCAGAAAAGCGCUUUAUUAUGAACAGACUUCUCCCCAUCUUAGCUACUGUUUUAUCAACAUGUUUUGUCCAUGACAGUUUACAAUCCAGGGUUACACCAAGCAGUUUACUCACCUCAACUUGCUCAAUUUCAACAUUAUUUAUUACAAGGUUUAGUUGAGGGUUUAGGGUUUAGUGAAUGAUUUGUCCUAAAGGCAAUGUUUUUAGUUUUUGAAAUAUUUAGGAAUAACUUAUCUUUGCCACCCAUUCUGAAACAAACUGCAGCUCUUUGUUAAGUGUUGCUGUGAUUUCACUCGCUGUAGUAACUGAUGUGUAUAGUGUUGAGUUAUCGGCAUACAUAGACACACUGGCUUUACUCAAGGCCAGUGGCAUGUCAUUAGUAAAGAUUGGAAAAAUGUAAGGGGCCUAAACAGCUGCCCUGGGGAAUUAUGUUGGAGAGGCUUCCGUUAAAGAACACCCUCUGUGUUCUGUUAAACAGGUAACUCUUUAUCCACAAAGCCAUAACACAUAUGUUUUUCCAUCUGUGGACUAUGAUCGAUAAUGUCAAAGCCACACUGAAGUCUAACAAAACAGCUCCCACAUUCUUUUUAGCAUUUUCUCUCAGCCAAUCAUCAGUCAUUUGUGUAAGUGCUGUGCUUGUUGAGCAUUCUUCCCUAUAAGCAUGCUGAAAGUCUGUUGUCAAUUUGUUUAUAGUAAAAUAGCAUUGUAUCUGGUCAAACACAAUUUUUUCCAAAGGUUUAUAAAGGGUUGGUAACAGGCUGAAUGGUCGGCUAUUUGAGCCAGUAAAGGGGGCUUUACUAUUCUUGGGUUGCGGAAUUACUUUUGUUUCCCUCCAGGCCUGUGGGCACACACUUUCUAGUAGGCAAAUAGGAGUGGCAAUAUCGUCCGCUAUUAUCCUCAGUAAUUUUCCCUCCAAGUCGUCAGACCCCGGUGGCUUGUCAUAGUCAUAUUUUUCACCUCUUCCACAAUCACUUUACGGAAUUCAAAAUUAUAAUGCAUGUCUUUCAUAAUUUGAUCAGUUAUACUUGGAUGUGUAGUGUCAGCGUUUGUAGCUGGCAUGUCAUGCCUAAGGUUUUUGACUUUUUGCCCAGAAUUUAAUUUAAAGUGCUCCAAAGCUUUUUACUGUCAUUAUUUAUAUAAUUUAUCUUUGUUUCAUAGUGUAGUUUCUUAUUUUUAUUCAGUUUAGUAACAUGAUUUCUCAAUGUGCAGUACGUUUGCCAAUCGGUUGUGCAGCCAGACUUGUUUGCCGUUCCUUUGCCUCAUCCCUCUCAACCAUACCAUUUUUCAAUUUCUCAUCAAUCCACAGGGAUUUAACAGUUUUUACAGUCAUCUUCUUAAUGGAUGAAUGCUUAUUAGUAACUGGAAUAAGCAAUUUCAUAAAUGUGUGAAGUGCAGCGACUGGUUGCUACUCCGCAUUACACACCACAGACCAACAAAUAUUAUUUACAUCAACAACAUAGGAAUCACUACAAAACGUAUUGUAUGACCCCUUAUACGCUAUAUUAGGCCCAGCCUUUGGAACUUUGGUUUUCCUAGAUAUGGCUGCUAUAUGAUCACUACAUCAGAUGGAUUUGAAUAAUGCUUUAAAGCAAAAAUUCUGCAGCAUUAGUAAAGAUGUGAUCAAUAGAUGUUGAUGAUUUCAUUCCUGUACUGUUUGUAACUAGCCUGGUAGGUUGACUGAUAACCUGAACCAGGUUGCAGGCACUAGUUACAGUUUGAAGCUUUCUCUUGAGUGGGCAGGUUGAUGAAAGCCAGUGAAUAUUUAAAUCACCCAGAAAAUAUACCCCUCUGUUGAUAUCACAUACAUUAUCAAGCAUUUCACACAUGCUAUCCAGAUACUGACUGUUAGAAAGUGGUGGUCUAUAGUAGCUUCCCACAAGAAUGGGCUUUAGGUGAGGCAGAUGAACCUGUAGCCAUAUUUCUUCAACAGUAUUUAACAUGAGAUCCUCUCUAAGCUUUACAGGAAUGUGGUUCUAAAUAUAAACGGCAACACCUCCACCAUUUACAUUUCUGUAUUUUCUGUAGAUGUAACCUUGUAUUUCUACCACUAUCAGAGAUUGUCAGAAUAUGAAUGUCAUCUGUUACUAGCAAAUUAUUGAUUUCAUGGACCUUGUUUCUUAAGCUACAUAUGUUAGCGUGGCCUAUUUUUAGCACUUUUCUGGGAUGCUUGAUUGUUUUCAUUGCUUUACUGGGAAGCUUAGUAGAAGUAGACAUGCUUAUGUUAUUUAUGUUAGUGCAGGGUGAGCUACAGAUAGUGGACUUCCUACUAGGGCUCACUGCCUCAGUGCUAACAGUAUAACUCUGGUUCAUAGGCACAUGAUCACUGCAUACAAUAGCUGUAGGAUCAGCAGAGGCAUUCAGGGCAGUUAAAGGGGAAUAAAUUAGGGUACUUACAUUGUCUUCCAACGCCCCUGGAAUAAUGUACAUUUGCUUAAGCACUAUGACAACACAGCGACACAAUAGUAGGUAUUAACUGAACUGGGCUUGGGUCAUUGAUAAGUCAUUGUCUCAACGCAGCCUUAUAAUGCUGUGAAAGCUAUAAAAAUUGUCAAAUGUUACACCCACAGAGCUGCAAUAGUCACGUAGCCAGUUAUGGAGGGCUAAAAGUCUGCUGAAACGUUCAAUUACAUGAUUUAGGGAGGGCACAGGGCCAGAUAUUAUGGGGCGUUUGUUGGUGUCAAGCAGAGACCCAAUCACUUCUUCAAAAUCCAUCUUCAGCUGUUCUGAACUGCCCUUCAUAAUGCCAUUGAGUCCCACAUGAACUACAAUAGACUAAAUAUCCUGAUGCAGGUUUAAAAUGUUUGGGAGCAGAUUUCCUGUACACAUGCUCCUGGAUAGCGUAACGUUUUUGCUCCAGGGACUGAGACAUUUAUCACCAUUGAACUGCCCAAUACAACGGCCGGAGAAUGGGAAGGAGAAAUCCUAACCCCUCACACAAUUCACAGAACCUUUCACGGCCCCACGAGAAGCAGGAUACCAUACGCCCGCAGCUCCCGGCGAUAGGUCCAGACCUCCCACAGCAGGCAGUGCCCCGUCAGAUCCAGAGAGAGGGAAAGGAGCCAACUUGACGAUGAAGCUGCUGCUGGAGUCAGCUUAGUUGGAGUGAGCACAGCCGUCGCACACACAGGCAGUCCCAGCGAUGAAGGUGCAGGUAGAUCCGGCACCAGGGCGGCGAAGCUAUUCCUCAUGUCAAUCUGCUCCGGUCCUCUCGCAGACACUCCAGUCCUCUUAGCAACAUGCCUGUGCCUUCGUUUUCCACAACUUGUGACAUGGGACCAGCGCUGAUUGGAACAAUCCUCUUGCUGUUCUCAGUCUACUCCACUACAAGAUUGAGGAGGAGAAGCAGAUGGAGACGAUUUCCUUGGCAGGCAAGUUCCAGGUAGCACAGGCCAUUCGCAUAGGGACAGAUGACAAGGCGGGGAUACAUCCAUCAACCCGAGCGGCGUCCAGCCACAGGAGUUGAGAACAAGAAAAUUCCAAUUUCUGUUUUCCCCAUAAGUUCGUGCAGAAAUGAUAUUUCCUUGCUAAGGAUAGCCAACCUCAUUCCUGUAAUCUUCUGCAAGCAAACAAUUGCCGCAUAAGGAAAACUGUGAUAAAUAAAAAAGUAUAUCAGUUUCACAUAAGGACCAAAGGAUUGACAGCCGUCCCAUAGUUGGGAAGAGAUCUUUGACGUACCGAUCCCAUGGCAUAGUGUUUAUGAACUGACACGCAAAACGACACCGGAUUCAAAAAUUAGAAUCUUUCAAUUUAAAUUAUUAUAUAAAAUUAUUGCUACCAAUAGAAUGUUAUUUAUAUGGGGGGUACAAUCUUCCCAGCUCUGCAGAUUUUGCUGUGAAGAGACAGAAUCAUUAGAUCAUUUGUUUUGGUUCUUUCCAUUUGUAGCUUGUUUUUGGACACAGGUCCAGGAAUGGCUAAAGGAUUGCAAUAUUUACCUGGAGCUAACCUUGCAGAUAGCAUUACUGGGUGAUCUGAAAAGUCAUAGUCAAUCAAUCAAAUAAUACUUUUAGCAAAAAUGUUUAUUUUUAAUUCACAAUCUGUAGAAGCAAUGAGAAUAGAAAGGUUCAGAACUUUUGUAAAACAUCACAGUACGGUUGAAAUAUAUAUGGCAAAUAGAAAUCCUAUAUGGAUGGUGUUAAGAGAUAGAUGGGAGGUAUUGAAUAGAGUUGAAGGAUGGGACUAAUAACAAAUAACAACAAAUAAUAACAAAGAUAGCUAAUAAUGUAAGCAUACUGUGUCCAUAAUAAGUAUAUAGGUUGUAUGUUGGGAGCUUUUGGGAAAGAGUUAGAAAGAUAUGGCAUAUAGAAGCAAACCGGAUGGACAUCAUGAAAAUGAUCGGAGAGGUUGAGAGUAGAAGUUCAGGAGCAAAAAAUAUAAUAUAUAUAUAUAAUUAUUGUAAAAUUUACUCUGUCCAUAAGGUGUAGAUAGUAAGUAUAGACCGGAAAUAGAGGCCUGGGCAUUGUUGUUCACUAAUUUACUCCAAGUAGGGAAAGGAUGGUGGGGUUAAAAAGUAAUAAAGGGGAGUAUAUAUAUAAAUUUAAAAAACAUGGGGGAUUGGAAGUGAUGCAGACAAUUACAUUGAUAGAAGAUACAAUCUAUCUGCAAUAUUAAGCUGAUCCAUUCCCCCAGAAAAAAAAGAAGAAUAAAAAAUAAAUAAAUAAAUUGCCGCAUUGAAACUCUGGAUUGUCAAUAUUGUCCCGGACAAUAGCGUAAUAAACACUGCUUCUACAGCUCUGGAAACGUUUGUUAGCUAUUCCAGGCGACGCGGGCUCCAUUGCAACCUAGCUAGCUAGCUGGCUAUUUUGUAUCAGGUUUUGACACCAUCACUUAUGAAUAAAAUAAAUACAAAAACUUCGGAAACAACAGGUCGAGGCGCAGGAGGUAUCUGUAAUAUUGACAUAAGCUCAGAACCACUUGUUUUGCAAACAUGGUCCUGUUUUAUCAAUUGCUGUGCUGAUCGAUGGACAGUUCAUUACCCCUGUCAAAUGAAUAUGUAGUCUAAAGUUAUGUUUGUAUUUGUUUGCAAUAAAGAUGGUGAUAGCAGGAUGCUGUGAAGUCCAUUAUCCCUCUGAAGAGUAUGAAUUAGACUAUUUGAUAAGGUUUGAAUCCUAAACCUGCCUACACAUUGUUUGAAGUACAAUAGACCAACAUAUCUACUGUAGUAUGAAAAAAAAUGUAUGCACUCACUUAACUGUAAGUCGCUCUGGAUAAGAGCAUCUGCUAAAUGACUAAAAUGUAAAUGUAGUAGGUCAAAGCUGUAUGCUGGAAGAUCUUGGUAGCGCAUGGGUGAAGUUAGCCCAUGAUGUACUCUUAAGGAGCCUACCGUUACUCCUUAAGUAUUUUCAGAGGUAGACUGGCUCUGGCAGCCAAAACCGCCAAAUACUCCAUCUAAACGUGAGUCGAUUUCCAAUUGCGAUGCAGUUCUAGAAACAUAAAGCCCUUUACUUUCAUAUCACAUAAUUUUUCCAAAUGCAAAAUACACACUUACUGUACACUGUUUUAACCGGCUUUAUCACAGUUGCAGCCGAUGGCAUUCUUCCGUUAAACACAGGUGUUCGGCGCAUCCUAGAUAGCUAAUUAGCACAGGUUAGCACUCUGUCUUCCGUAAACAUGCGCUGUAACAUAUGACCGUGUGGGAACACUAACCCUAUAAAGGUGUGUAUCAAUUUAGCCUUUAGUUUGAAAGAUAAGGUCCUCGUGCGUCCAAAAACCUUAUCGCAAGCGAUGCGUGUUAAUUUUCAGACCGAACGUCAGGGCUCUUAACAAAACUCCUUCAUACAAUGACUCUUAUGUGUAAUGUAAUGGAGCUGAGAGUGAUGAUCAAGAGCUAGGGUGGAGUAGGCAUUUUGGUGCUCAUAUGAAUGUCCUUUCUUUUUCGGCUUCAGACCAAUGCCUACUUCUCACUUAAAACAUAGUUUUUUGUUUUGAAUUUCCAUGGUUUUUAAACUGGACGGUGAUUUUCUGUUAAAGGUGUAUUUUACAACAUUUCCACAUGAAAAGGCAGAUUUUUUGGGAGCAGCCAAAAGGCUGUCAUUGGCAGUGCUAUUGUAACCUGUAAUGCGGGCUCUGACAAAUGGUCUGGACCUUAAUGGCACAGGUGGUGUGCAUAACUGCAAGGGUUGCUGGAUUAAACCCUGGUCUGCUGGCUGUUGCCCUCUAAUAGCUAAAAUCAGUUUUGAACUAACUAUUAAAGCUGGUUGAGAGAAUGCCAAGAGUGUGAAAAGCUGUCAUCAAGGCAAAGGGUGCCUACUUUGAAGAAUCUCAAAUAUAAAAUAUAUUUGUAUUUGUUUAACACUUUCUGGGUUACUACAUGAUUCCAUAUGUGUUAUUUCAUAGUUUUGAUGUCUUCACUAUUAUUCUACAAUAUAGAAAAUAGUAGAAAUUAAGAAAAACUGUUGAAUGAGUAGGUGUGUCCAAACUUUUGAAUGGUACUGUAUGUGUAGAGUUUACCAUGGAUAAUCAAAAGUAAUCGUCUGCAGUUUUCAGAAGGUGAAUAGCUCAAUUGAUUGUGACAGUCUUACGUUGUAAAAUAUGACUCAAUAAUUCCCAUUGAAAGCAAAGUAAAAGAAAACUGUUUUACGUAAUUUACUUUUGAUGGUCAUAUAUCUCAGCCAUAGUGACUAAACAAAGAGAUCCCCAUGUACACUAGAGCCACAUCUUUCUUGUGCCUUUUACAGCUUUUUUCUAGCCUAAAGCGUUGCAGAGUUAUGCAUCCUAUACAUUUGUAUGCGUAGUCCCGUGUAGCUCAGUUGGUAGAGCAUGGCGCUUGCAACACCAGGGUUGUGGGUUCAAUUCCCACGGGGGGCAGUAUGAAAAAUGUAUGCACUCACUAAUUGGAAGUCGCUCUGGAUAAGAGCGUCUGCUAAAUGACUAAACUGUAAACUGAAACUGUAAACUAAAUGACUAAAAUGUAAAUGUAAUAUAAUCCUGGUUUGUGGGGGGCAUUACCCCCCUCCUCCCAGCCCUAGAGCCAUGCAACUAGAAUGGCCGUGCAUGACAGGGUUGUUGUCAAAUAUCCAACAUAUGGCAGAGUUGGUAUUUUGGCACUGUUGAUCAGCACUAAUUUGAAUUAAAAUGUAAAGAAGACAGGAGAAGGAGCAUACUGGAAUUUCUUAUGGAUGUUUGAAACUGAGUAUUUCUGAUGCUAGCAAGCAUGCAUUUGCACACUGCAGUCAGUGCACAACUGAGUUUGGUGUUGGUUUUGAACUGAUGUAGCUAUCUAGCUAUGUUUUGUGGGAAAAUAUAUUACUGGCAUUUGCAUGUGAGCUAGCUAACGUUAGCUAGCUUCUGUGUCAAGUCAGCUGUUGUUGUUUGCUUUUAGCUAGCUAGCUAAUGGGUGAAUUAAUUUGUGUAAAAACCAUCCAUAACCAAGUAUAGCUAGCUGCCUUUGUUUGCCUGUUCUUUAGCUAGCUAGCUUUCAGCUGACUGGCGUUUGCUAGCUACAGAGGUUAGCUGCUGGUUAGCGACCUAGCUAAUCAACAUCUGUUUGCAUUUGUUGAUUAACCUCAGUUUGAAUACCAGCAUAAAGCUAGUUAUCUACAGUGCAUAGGUGGCAAGUCUAAUGGUCACUUUAUGGACGCUGUAGUCUCAUUCAGAGGAUGUGAGCGGAGCUGGAGUGGAGUGCCGACCUUCUCUCUCGCUCCAAUUUCGCUCCGGUGCCGCUCAGUCACGAUCUCAGGGCAUUCUCUGCCCAGCAUUUUUCAUUUACUUCAUCACUGUUCUUUUAAUUAGGCCUAUUCUGAUGUAUUUCUUUAGCCGAUUCUAUGCACACACACUGGACUCUACUCACACACUUGCUUAAACUGACACCCCAACACACAUACGCACACACACUACGUACACCCACACACACAUAACAUGCACACACAUGCAUACUAACACCACAUACACACUCAAACACACAUACACACACACACACACACACUUUCACACUCACCACAUAUGCUGCUACUACUGUCUUAUCUAUACUGUUAACUAGUCACUUUACCCCUACCUACAGAGCCUUCAGAAAGUAUUCACACCCCUUGACUUUUUCUACAUUUUGUUGUGUUACAGCCUGAAUUUACAAUUGAUUAAAUUGAGAUUUUGUGUCACUGGCCAACACACCAUACGACAUAAUGUCAAAGUGAAAUAAUGUUUUUAGAUUUGAUUUUUUAUUAAUUUAUAAUUAAAUCUGAAAUGUCUUGUGUGAAUAAGUAUUCAACACUGUUGAUAUGGCAAACCUAAAUAAGUUCAGGAGUAAGAAUGUGCUUAACAAGUCACAUAAUACGUUGCAUGGACUAAGUCUGUGUGCAAUAAUAGUGUUUAACAUGAUUUUUGAAUGACUACACAAUCUCUGUACCCCACACAUACAAUUAUCUGUAAGGUCCCUCAGUCGAGCAGUGAAUUUCAAACACAGAUUCAACCACAAAGACCAGGGAGGUUUUCCAAUGCCUUGCAAAGAAGGGCACCUAUUGGUAGAUGAGUAAAAAAACUAACAAAAAACAGACAUUGAACAUCCCUUUGAGCAUUGGGAAGUUAUUAAUUACACUUUAGAUGGUGUAUCAAUGCACCCAGUCACUACAAAGAUACAGGUGUCCUUCCUAACUCAGUUGCCGGAGAGGAAAGAAACCGCUCAGGGAUUUCACCAUGAGGCCAAUGGUGACUUUUAAACAGUUAGAGUUUAAUGGCUGUGAUAGGAGAAAACUAAAAACAUUGUAGUUACUUCACAAUACUAACCUAAUUGACAGAUUGAAAAGAAGGAAGCCUUUACAGAAUAAAAAUAUUCCAAAACAUGCAUCCUGUUUGCAAUGAGGCACUAAAGUAAAACUGCAAAAAAUGUGGCAAAGACAUUACCUUUAUGUCCUGAAUAUAAAGCAUUAUGUUUGGGGCAAAUCCAUCACAACACAUCACUGAGUACCACUCUUCUAUUCUCAAGCAUGGUGGUGGCUGCAUCCUGUUAUGGGUAUGCUUGUCAUCGGCAAGGACUAGGGAGUUUUUUAGGAUGAAAAUAAAUGGAACAGAGCUAAGCACAAAUUCCCCUUUCAGCAGGACAAUAACCUAAAACACAAGGACAAAUAUACACUGGAGUUGCUUACCAAGACGACGUUGAAUUUUCCUGAGUGGCCUAUUUACAGUGGCGCAGUGGUCUAAGGCACUGCAUCGCAGUGCUAGCUGUGCCACUAGAGAUCCUGGUUCGAAUCCAGGCUCUGUCGUAGCCGGCCGCGACCGGGAGACCCAUGGGGCGGUGCACAAUUGGCCCAGCGUCGUCCAGGGUAGGGGAGGGAAUGGCCGGCAUGUAGCUCAGUUGGUAGAGCAUGGCGUUUGCAAUGCCAGGGUUGUGGGUUCAAUUCCCACGGGGGGCCAGUAUGACAUUUUUUUUAUAAAUAAUGUAUGCACUCACUAACUGUAAGUCGCUCUGGAUAAGAGCGUCUGCUAAAAUGACAAAAAUGUAAAAAGAAAAUUGAAGACUUGAAAAUGGCUGUCUAGCACUGAUCAACAACCAACUUGACAGAGCUCGAAGCAUUUAUAAAAUAAUAAUGUGCAAAUAUUGUACAAUCCAGGUGUGCAAAGCUCUUAUAGACUUACCCAGAAAGAUUCACAGCUGUAAUCGCUGCCAAAAUUGAUUCUAACAUGUAUUGACUCAGGGGUGUGAGUACUUAUGUAAAUGAGAUUUUUCUGUAUUUAAAUUUCAAUAAAUUAGCAAACAUUUCUAAAAACACGUUUUCACUUUGUCAUUACGAGGUAUUGUGUGUAGAUGGGUGAGACAAAAAGGCACUGUAUAUGUACAGUACAUAGCUACCUCAAUUACCUCAUACCCCGGCACAACAACGCGGUACUGGUACUCGCUGUGUAUAGCCAUUAGAUCUACUCCCUAUAUAUAGCCAUGUUAUUUUGUAUCAUUAUUUUAUUCCUUAUUAACUGUAUUUAUUCCUUGUGUCACUAUUUCUAUUUUUUAUUUAAUUAUUCUUUAACACUGCAUUGUUGGAAAAGGUAAGUAAGCAUUUCACUGUUAGUCUACACCUGUUGUCUACAAAGCAUGUGACAAAGACAAAUUGAUUCCCAUUGAAAGUUUUUUUUUUAAUACAGCAGCCACAUAUCAUCCAUAGAAAACUCCCGAUGGCACAUGAAGCACCAUACCAGGCCCCCAGUGUCCGGUCUUGAGCGUGAAGUCAUGAGCUCUGCCGGUCAGUUACUGCGUAGCAACUAGCGGUGACAAAAGCCCUGGACUACCCUAGAAAGCCUGUGUAAAUAAGUAUCGCCAGAACAGCCAAACAAUUUUUUUUGACUGCCAUUUUGGCAUCAAAUUAUGUUUUUUAUUUAUUCUUUAUUAAUUCAGGGAAAAACCCAUUGAGACAAGGGUUUCAUUCCCUAGGGUGCCCUGAUCACAACAAUACAACAACCAAAUGAAAUGUAAAACAAAACGACAAUCAAUACAAAACACAAAAUGUAAGAAAACAGUUACAUUCCUCAGCUACUAGGUCCUCAAUCAACACCCUAAACUGCCCGACCGGCACCAGAACAUCCAACUAUAAUGAGUUAUGCAAAUUGUUCCAGCAUUGGGGCACAUUAAAACUGAAAGCGGAUUUACCUAAUUUGUUGGAGACCUGAGCAACCUCGAGUUAACCAACCCUUCAACAACGAAGUUAGGUAAGUCGGAAGCUUGUGUAGUAGAGCUUUGUAAAUCAAAAGGGAAUAGUGAAUCGAUCUACGGGACUUUAAUGAGGACCAGCCAACCUUUUGAUACAGGAUGCAGUGAGGAGUAGUAAAAGUGUCACCUGUAAUAAAGUGAAGGGUGGUAUGGUAGACGGCAUCCAAAGUUUUAACAGUAGUGGCUGCUGCAUUCUGGUAAAUUGUUUCACCAUAAUCAAUCAACUGGCAGGAAAAUUUACUAUACAAUCUGCUUCCUGCUUUUUAGGGAGAGGCAAUAUCUCUUUCUAAAAAUGAAGCCAACUUUAGAUCUUAGCUUUUAAACUAGCUCAUCAGUAUGUCUUUUAACCCCCUAAGGUCGCCCCUGCGGAAAUCUACACUGAACAAAAAUAUAAACGCAACAAUUUCAAAGAUUUUACUGGGUUACAGUUCAUAUAAGGGAAACAGUCAAUUGAAAUAAAUGCAUUAGGCCCUAAUGUAUGGAUGACUGGAAAUACAGAUAUGCAUCUGUUGGUCACAGAUGCCUUUAAAAAAAAAGGGGGCGUGGAUCAGAUAACCAGUCAGUAUCUGGUGUGACCACCAUUUGAUCAGGCUAUUGAUUGUGGCCUGUAGAAUGUUGUCCCACUCAUCUUCAAUUGCAGUGCAAAGUUACACGUAGAUGAGCUUCCCUAAGAUGGUUUCUGACAGUUUGUACAGAAAUUCUUCGGUUGUGCAAACCCACAGUUUCAUCAGCUGUCCGGGUGAGACGAUUCCGCAGGUGAAGAAGCCGUAUGUGGAGGUCCUGGGCUGGCGUGUUUACACGUGGUCUGCGGUUGUGAGGCCAGUUGGACGUGCUGCCAAAUUCUCUAAAACGAAGUUGGAGGCGGCUUAUGGUAGAGAAAUGAACAAUUCUCUGGCAACAGCUCUGGUGGACAUUCCUGCAGUCAGUAUGUCAUUUGCACGCUCCCUUAAAACUUGAGACAUCUGUGGCAUUGUGUUGUGCGACAAAACCGCUAAUUCUAGAGUGGCCUUUUAUUGUUCCCAGCACAUGGUGCACCUGUGUAAUGAUCAUGCUGUUUAAUCAGCUUCUUAAUAUGCGACACCUGUCAGGUGGAUGGAUUAUCUUGGCAAAGAAGAAAUGCUCACUAACAGGGAUGUAAAUACAUUUGUUUACCAAAUUUAAGCGAAAUAAGGGUUUUGUAUGUAUGGAACAGUUCUGGGAUCUUUUAUUUUAGCUCAUGAAACAUGGGACCAACACUUUACAUGUUGCCUUUAUAUUUUGUUCAGUAUAUGUGAAUUUGGUUGGGUCGCCCAAAAAGUACAUAUUGCAGCUUUAAUGUAUAUGGCCUGAUAUCAUCAGGUAUGUCCUUGUUUGAUAGCCUACGACAUGUUGUUGAAAUGUUGGAGCUUCUCGCGAUAGCCUACUUCGAAACCAAAUGGUACAUAAUCACAAAAGUAGAUGGGUUUUUUGUUAAAUUAUCUUUUUAAACAAGAAAUCAAUUGAGUGAAUUUGUAGCGGCAGUUAUUUUUUUCUGUGAGCACUGAGCGAAUUUCAGCGGCGCGGGGGAAAGGACGUGGAGUGCCAGAGCGAUGUGCAAAGACCGCUUCUUGAGUGAUGAGUGGGAUAUCCGACCGCUCAACUCCAUACACAUACUCUCGUCUCGUUCUUAUCCAACUAAUAGAUAUUGAGCUAGGUCGGGGAAAGACAUUUUAUUUUUUCCUAAUGCCAAUGACCCUGUUAAAAAUCCAGUACGUGGUACUCGGUAACGGCCGGACGGCUCAUGUGUUCUGUACGUCCAAUCAAGGUGAUUUGCGAACUUUCAUAGACAUUGGUGUCAUAUUGGCUUAAAUAUGAUGGCAGGGAGAUUUGAAUUUAACAUUGAGCUACAACCAUUAGUGCUAAAGCUUUGUCUAAACUUAACUUUACACCCUCAAGCUUGCAUAAACCUGCAAAAACGAUCUGCUCUAAACUAUGAUUCAUGUUUUUGUAACCCAUUGUGACUGUUCUAAACCCACCAAUUCCAAGUCUUUUCUUCCGAGGGUUCUUACACUCCCAUUAAACUUUACAAUAGUCGUUUGAUGUUCUUGUACCCCUUUGUUAGUGAAAGGGGGUAGCCUAGCAACGGUUAGAUAUUGCACUGUGCAAAUGUUUAAAAAGCAUUUAGCAGAAAGAUGAAGAAUUGAUGUGGGGAUGGUUUCAUGCAGAACGGGUCAUGUGGUGCGGUCAUUAGUGGUUGAGCCAUUAUUGCUACCGCUGCGCAUGUUUCAAAACCCAGUGCAAUCAGGGUCUUCAUUAGGACACACCGUAUCAGAACGUUUUGCAAAUAAAAACAAGCAUUUCUUAUUGGAGCCCCAGGUAGGGCAUCCCUGUUUCGGCCUGUUUUCUUCAGUUUCGUGCCUAGUGACUACGACCCUGGCCUAGUCAGAAGCAGCGGUGUCCACAGUUCGUCAGGUUUAACCAGUGGGUGCAUGCCAUUGGUUGUGUUCAUAAUGGCACACCCUAGCAAAAAAAAAAAAAAAUGUUUUGCAACAGAAAACAAAAACAAGGAGUUCCUUAAUGGACACGCACAGGUAAUCCUUUACUGUUUCAGUCAGUUUUAUUUCGUUUGGUGCCUAAUGAACACUGCCCUGGUUGUGUCCCAAUGCAGGCUGUUUGGGGACGAGUCGGACCUGCAGUUCUGGACGGUGGCGGCCCACUAUCUCCAGUCAUUCGCCCAGGCCCGCCACCUCAGUGUGCCCGUCCCCGAGGGCCAGACCCCAGCCGAGGGGACUCAGGCCACCCCACAGGGCCACCUGGACAUCUACCACGACACCCUGUGUGAGAGCUUCUACUUCCAGGUGAGCAAAAUAAUGGACGAAUGGUAAAACGUUUUUUUAUUAGGCAGUGUGCCUUGUCUAACACAGUGGAAGCUGGUUGAGGGAGAAAUUGGAGAACAGGCUCAUUGUAAUGGCUGGAAUUAAAUUAAUGCGAAUACCAUUCAAUUCCAGCCAUUGCAAUCAGCCCGUCCUCCAAUUUAAAGUGACACCAGCCUCCACUGGUCUAACAACUCAAUGUGUUGUCUCUAGGAGGGAUUUCUUCUAGUUAACGUCCAAGGAGGUGGGCCUCCGUGUGUGUAUGAGAGUUAAUGGUAUAUACCAUACAUUCCCACGGGGGGCCAGUAUGAAAAAUGUAUGCACUCACUAAUUGUAAAUCGCUCUGGAUAAGAGCGUCUGCUAAAUGACUAAAAUGUCAAUUGGAUCACAAAAAAAAAAAAUUGGCCGAACUGUCAACACCACAGUUCGUAAUGGCCCCAGACCACAUUGUAAUUCCUCUAGCAGACAGUCUCCUGUGACCUCAGCCAUUCUACUGUGUCAGCGGUAUUGACCAGACACACACACACAGUCACACAAACCGCCGACUGCCACUCCUCUCCCUUCCUCUCUGGGCCCUUGUUUGUGGUGUGCUCUGUCAUUGGCAGUAUCCCUUUGCCUUUGCAGACUGAAAAGUUGGACAGAGAAGAGGUGUGCCCUGAGAAACAAUCCAGCAAGGCUGGUGGCUUUUUUCAACCUUAAUUAUUGAUUGGAUCCUCUCAGUGCGUCCCAAAUGGCACCCUAUUCCCUUUAUAAUGCACAACGUUUUACCAGAGCUCUAUGGGCCCUAGUCAAAAGUAGUGCACUUGCACUAUAUAGGGAAUAAGCUGCCAUUUGGGAUAAAAGAGGGUGAGGAUUCAGGAGGUGUCCUAAAUCGUUGUUCAUUGAUUGGCCUGUCUCUGUUAUGUCUAUCGCAUGACUGGUUGACAUGGCAACCACUUGACAACCAGACUCAGCUGUGAUCCAUCCGCUUGUCAGUUGCCAAGGUGAUGGAGAAUACUUUUUAAUCAGAGAUGGUGCAUUUGGGUCUUGAUGAGCGUCGCAUUCUUCUGUCUGUCGAAUGGAGAUUUCGAGCAACAUACUUUUUUUAGGGCCUAGAAAUAUCAAUCUGGGAUUGUACACUGAACAAAAAUAUAACCGCAACAUGUAAAGUGUUGGCCCAUGUUUCAUGAGCCGAAAUAAAAUAUCCCAGUAAGCUUCUUUCUCUCAAAUGUUGCGAACAAAUUUGUUUACAUCCCUGUUAGUGAGCAUUCCUCAUUUGCCAAGAUAAUCCAUCCACCUGACAGGUGUGGCAUAUCAAGAAGCUGAUUAAAUAGCAUGAUCAUUACACAGGUGCACCUUGUGCUGGGGACAAUAAAAGGCCACUCGAAAAUGUGCAGUUUGUAUCACAACACAAUGACGUGUACAUUUUGUUAAUUUCUCUACCAUAAGCCACCUCCAACGUUGUUUUAGAUAAUUUGGCAGUAUGUCCAACUGGCCUCACAACCGCAGACCACGUGUAUGGCGUCAUGUGGGCGAGCGGUUUGCUGAUGUCAAAGUUGUGAACAGAGUGCCCUGUGGCACACAGAUGCAUAUCUAUAUUCCCAGUCAUGUGAAAUACAUAGAUUAGGGCCUAAUGAAUUUCAAUUGACUGAUUUCCUCAUAUGAACUGUAGCUCUGUAAAAUCUUUGAAAUUGUUGCAUAUUGCGUUUAUAUUUUUGUUCAGUAUCGUUCCAUGUUCAAAGUGUUUUAACAAUACUUAUUAUCAUAAGUAAUGGCAUUGACACAUAAACCAAUUCAAAAAGCUUUUUCUUUUGACUGGUAGAAGAUGCUCUACUCAAUACAUCAAAUAGCCUUCUCAAAUACAUUAACAGUUUCACUAGAAUAAUCACUUCAAUGCUUGAAAGCAUAACAAAAAAGUCCUUUUGCACAACAUUAUUGUGUAUUUGUCUGGACAACAUCUGUGAGAGCGAGAGCCAGACCAGUUUCUCCCUUUUAAAUGUGUUGAAAUAUGCCUCUCUGAUUCCUCUAUGAUGCCAUGCCCAUGAGAUGAAAGUAGACUGAUGGAAGACUCCUCAGAGCACAAGUGCCGCUGGUACACUGUCCACUGUUCACUAGUGUCCAGUCAUAUCAUUAUAUUCCAUGGGCUGUAUGGAUCAAGCGUCUCAGAGUAGGAGUGCUGAUCUAGGAUCAGGUCCCCCACAAUGUUAUUCCUUGUUAUCUAAAAGGCAAAUCUGAUCCUAGAUCGGCACUCCUACGCUGAGACACUUCAGCUACAUGCCCAUUGCCCACCAACAUCAACAUGAAGAAAAUAUCAUCUGCGUACUUACAUCAGAUGUGAUAAGCUUUCAGUCAAAAAUACAUUUGUCAGAGCAUUCCAACAUCACAAUAGCAUGAGCCUAAUGAGAGGACAAAGUCUAUGCCUAUGGAAGGCUUUUGAAGCUACUGAACAAUAAGACAAAUAUACAUGUUUGUGUGUGGUUUUAUGGCCAAAGCAGUAGGUUGACACAGAAUGAAUCACUGAAUUGAAUAAAAGCUCUAGUAAACAUUUGACAUUUUAGUCAUUUAGCAGACGCUCUUAUCCAGAGCGACUUACAAUUAUUGCAUUCAUCUUAAGAUAGCUAGGUGAGACGAGAAAACAUCACAAUCGUAUCAAGUACAUUUUCCCUCAAAAAGUAAAGACCGACAUGCGUAACUACCUCCCCAGUGUUUAAGUAAAACUGCCUACGAAUACUAACAAGCAGUGGAGGCUGGUGGGAGGUGCCACAGGACGAUGGGCCUGUCAUGCCAAAUAAUGUCCCCCGGCCAAAAAGUUUCCCCCUCUGCGUCACAAUGGGAUCCGAUAAACUAUUAGCGUCCGUUGCUAUAUCAACGGUGUGAUGACCUUAUGAUUAGAAUUUUGGAGAUCAUUACAGCAUAAAUUACAUUAUUUUCGUCAUCGCUAUGCAAACAAAGCAGAUUUCCGCGACAAUUUUGCUGUUUAAACAAGGUUUAGCUAAUAAAAUUAAAACAUUACUUCGAACUACUUUUGGGUACAUUGUUAACAUUACAACAUGAAAUCCAUGUCUUAAACAUUGCUACGUUUCGGAAAUGGUAAAGAAAACGUGUAAUCUGCUUGACACAUUAAAGUUACUUACCUUACAGAUAAUGAAGUCAGCUAAUUUCCACUCCAUUCAUAUGCAAAUCCGUUUGAUUCAUACACUGGCUUGUCUGGCUGUCAUGUUUUUAUUUUUAACCUGCCCUUCCCUUAUCUACACUGAAUUAAUAUAAUUUCAGUUGUCCUCUUAUGAUUCAUUUUUUUCUAUCUUGCAUAGCUCAUUAGUACAUCCUUGUGGUUGAAUAUAUAUGUAUCUAUUGUAGGUCCUAGGGUACAACAAUGAAUAAUGUGGAACAAAUAAAUACCAUCAAAAGAUACCUUAUAACUUACAAUAAUGGUCACCUUGUGAAACAGCUAUGAAAACCAACCUGGCAAUAUUUAAGAUUUUAAUACAUAAACAUUGAUCUUUUUUACAACAGUUGUGUCAUUAAUGUAUUUUCAGAUGUUUUUGUACGCUCACAUGGCAAUCAUAGACUAAAAUACUGAAUUCUGGUGUGUGGAAUAUAGAGGAGGUGGUUGCUGUGUGGGUGGGAGGUUCUGCCUGUCACUUGAAUCUGGAUAAGUAAAGGUUAAAUAAUCAUCUCUCGCAUCUCUUCACCUCUUUCGCUCUCCAUCUCUCCAUCUCGCUCUCUGUGUGUUGCAACAGAGGUUCCAGUUGGAGCGAGUCCAUCUACAGGAGGUGAAGAGGUCCAGUUAUGACCACACCAAGAAGUGUGCUGACCAGCUCCUCCUGCUGGGACAGGUUAGUACUACCUACUUUACUCUACUGGUACAGGCUUCUGUAGAAGUUGUCAAAUGCACACACACAAAUACAAUAUACUGUAUUCUUUCUUUCAGACUAAAUCUCUUUUGCACACAAACACUUGUACACACACACGCCUGAGCGCCCACAAUACACAUGCAGGAGAACAUAUACUGCAUUCUGUCUUUCGUAUGAAUAUCCCUCUCUUUCACACACAAAGCAUUUACAACGCACACACUGUUCUUUUCUCCCUCGCUUACGCUCUCUCUCUCACCGCCUCUCUCCCACUCUGAGUGGAGCCUGAUGGACGAUGAGGGAUGAGUGUUGUGUUGCUCUGUUCCUCUCGAACACCCCUGUCAGUGGAGGAUGAAGACGCGCCACUAGGGCUAUUACGGUGACCGUAUUACAGCCACACCGGCAGUCACCAGUUAUGACCGCAGUCAAAUGCUACGUGACCGUUGAGUUACGUUAACUAGGCUACUCCAAAACUGCGCUCUGUAUGAAUGGCGCCAAUCGUACCACUGACGGUCAUUAGUAGCCUACCAAACUUGCUAAAGGCCCUCAAGUUGCUAAUGGCCUGGUACUCAGCGCUCUAUUGUCCCUCUAAUCACUCUGACAUCAAUACAAAUAUAAUCUAAAAUCAAAUCAAACACUUCAUGCCAUUUGAAUGCAUUUUAGAUGCGAGGCAAAACAUUAGCUGGUUGAUAAGCUUAAACAGGUUAGUAACAUCUGAGGUUGGAGCGAAAACCUUCAGGAGGGUAGCUCUCAAGGAACAGGGUUGGAGACCCCUGGCAUUCAGAGUUUCAGCGGAAUAUCACCUGUCGCGCAGCGAGAGCCAGCUCCUAAAACAGCUUGUUGAUGCGUGGAAUGAAAUGUGUUCUUAUAAGCCCAGUCAUUGCGCAACAUUUCUAUACACUAUAAUGGAAAACUGUAAUUUAUACAGUAAUGUUGGGUAUUAUCAACAGUAAAAUGCGAUGUUUUACUGCAGCAUACUGUAAAUGAUGCUGCAUUAUGGUACAUUUUGUGGGCGGGGAAAGAAUUGCUGAAUUUCAAAUAGUACUAUAAUUCCACCCCACAGAAUACAGUACCGUAUCUUUGGAGUGCCAAAACCUUUGACCACUAGAGGGCGCAUGGUAUUGUUUUUGUCACAUUAACAUAUUUUGAUGCAUGCCUUGUAAGAGGCUAUAUUUGUUGCACCUGUGAGAGAGAAUGCUGUACCAAUCUGACUCCUUUGUGCUUAUUGUUCCCCAUCAAUUUAAAAUGUACAGUUUUUUCAGAAAGUAUUCAUACCCCUUUACUUAUUCCACAUUUUGUUGUGUUACAGCCUGAAUUCAAAAUGGUUUCAAUAUUUUUAUUUUCUCUCCCAUGUACACAUAAUACCCAAUAGUGACAAAGUGAAAACAUGUUUGUUUGAAUGUUUUGCAAAUGUAUUGAAAAUAAAAUACAGAAAUCUCAUUUACAUAAGUAUUCAAACCCCAGAGUCAAUACUUUGUAGAAGCACCUUUGGCAGCAAUUACAGCUGUGUGUAUUUCUGGGUAAGUCUCUAAGAGCUUUCUACACCUGGAUUGUGCAGCAGUUGCUUAUUAUUAUUAAAAAUGAUUGCUCUGUGCUUAGUUCCAUUCCGUUUAUGUUUUAUCCUAACAAAACUCCACAUUCAAUUACGAUUUAAAAGCAUACCCAUAACAUGAUGCAGCCACCACUAUGCUUGAAAAUAUGGAGAGUGGUACUCAGUAAUGUGUUGUGUUGGAUUUGCCCCAAACAUAACACUUUGUAUUCAGAAGAAAAAGUUAAUUGGUUUGCCACAUUUUUUUUCCAGUAUUACUUUAGUGUGAUGUUGCAAAAAGGAUGCAUGCUUUGGAAUAUUUGUAUUCUGUACAGGCUUCCUUCUUUUCAGUCUGUCAAUUAGGUUAGUAUUAUGGAGUAACUAUAAUGGUGUUGAUCCAUACUCAGUUUUCUCCCAUCACAGCCAUUAACCUCUACCUGUUUUAAAGUCACCAUUGGUCUCAAGGUGAAAUCCCUGAGCGGUUUCCUUCCUCUCCGGCAACUGAGUUAGGAAGGACGCCUGUAUCUUUGUAGUGACUGGGUAACUUCACCAUGCUGAAAGGGAUAUUCAAUGUCAGUUAUUUUUUUUUACUCAUCUAUUAAUAGGUGCCUUUCUUUGCAAGGCAUUGGAAAACCUCCCCCCUGGUCUUUGUGGUUGAAUCUGUGUUUGAAAUUCACUGCUCGACUGAGGGACCUUACAGAUAAUUGUAUGUGUGGGGUACAGAGAUCAGGUAGUCAUUCAACAAUCCUGUUAAACACUUAUUGCACACCGAAGUGAGUCCAUGCAACUUAUAAUAUAAUAAUAAUAAUAAUAUGCCAUUUAGCAGACGCUUUUAUCCAAAGCGACUUACAGUCAUGUGUGCAUACAUUUUUUUGUGUGUAUGGGUGGUCCCCGGGGAUCGAACCCACUACCCUUGGCGUUACAAGCGCCGUGCUCUUCCAGCGGAGCACAUUUUUACUCCUGAACUUCUUUAGGUUUGCCAUAACAAAGGGGUUGACUAAUUAUUGACUUGAGACAUUUCAGCUUUUCAUUUUUUAUGAAUUUGUAAAAAGAAGAAGAAAAAAGUAUUCACACCCCUUGACUUUUUCCACAUUUUGUUGUGUUACAGCCUGAAUUUAAAAUGGAUUAAAUAAAUAUGUUUUGAUACUGGCCUACACACAAUACCCCAUAUUGUCAAAGUGGAAUUAUGUUUUUAGACAUUUUUACAAAUUAAUUAAACAUUUAUUGAGUCUAAGUAUUCAACCUGUUUGUUAUGGCAAGCCUAAAUAAGUUCAGGAGUAAAAAUGUGCUUAACCAGUCACAUAAGUUGCAUGCACAUUCAACCAAAAGACCAGGGAGGGUUUCCAAUGUGUCGCAAAGAAGGGUACCUUAAGGUAGAUAAAAAAUUAAAAUUAAAAUAAAAUAUCACAUUGAAUUUCCCUUUGAGCAUGGUGAAGUUAUUAAUUACACUUUGGUUGGUGUGGCAAUACACCCAGUCACUACAAAGAUAGUCAUCCUUCCUAACUCAGUUACUGGAGAGGAAGGAACCCGCUUAGGGAUUUCACCAUGAGGCCAAUGGUGACUUUAAAACAGGUAGAGGUUAAUGGCUGUGAUGGGAGAAAACUGAGGAUGGAUCAAUAACAUUGUAGUUACUCCACAAUACUAACCUAAUUGACAGAUUGAAAAGAGUGAAGCCUGUAUAGAAUACAAAUAUUCCAAAACAUGCAUCCUGUUUGCAACAAUGCACUGAGCAAUCGGGGGAGAAGGGCCUUGGUCAGGGAGGUGAACAAGAACCCGAUGGUCACUCUGACAGAGCUCCAGAGUUCCUCUGUGGAGAUGGGAGAACCUUCCAGAAGGACAACCAUCUCUGCAGCACUCCACCAAUCAGGCCUUUAUGGUAGUUGCCAGACGGAAGCCACUCCUCAGUAAAAGGCACAUGACAGGCCGCUUGGAGUUUCCAAAAGGCACCUAAAGUACUCUCAGACCAUGAGAAACAAGAUUCUCUGGUCUGAUGAAACCAAGAUUGAACUCUUUGGCCUGAAUGCCAAGCGUCACGUCUGGAGGAAACCUGGCACCAUCCCUACGGUGAAGCAUGGUGGUGGCAGCAUCAUGCUGCGGGGAUGUUUUUCAGCGGCAGGGACUGGGAGACUAGUCAGGAUUUUAGUUUUAGAUGAACGGAGCAAAGUACAGAUCCUUGAUGAAAACCUGCUCCAGAGCGCUCAGGACCUCAGACUGGGGUGAAGGUUCACCUUCCAAAAGGACAACGACCCUAAGCACACAUCCAAGAAAACCCAGGAGUUGCUUCGGGACAAUUUUCUGAAUGUCCUUGAGAGGCACAGCCAGUGCCUGGACUUGAACCCGAUUCAACAUCUCUGGAGAGACUUGAAAAUAGCUGUGGAGCGACGCUCCCUAUCCAACCCGACAGAGCUUGAGAGGAUCUGCAGAGAAGAAUGGGAGAAACUCCCCAAAUACAGGUGUGCCAAGCUUGUAGCGUCAUACCCAAGAAGACUUGAGGCUGUAAUCGCUGCCAAAGGUACUUCAACAAAGUACUGAGUACUUAUUUUAUAAAUUUGCUAAAAUUUCUAAAAACCUAUUUUUGCUUUGUCAUUAUGGGGUGUUGUGUGUAGAUUGAUGAGAAGGAAAAAAAUGAUUUAAUCAAUUUUAGAAUAAGGCUGUAAUGUAACAGAAUGUGGAAAAAGUCAAGGGGUCUGAAUACUUUCCGAAUGCACUGUAUGUGUGGAAGUCCGGAGAUGCUAAACAUGUUUAUGUUAACUACUGGUCAAUUACUCACUGGUCCGUAGUACAUAGCCACCAUUCUUUACCUGAUGAAAGGUAGAAAUAAUUACUGUUUUUCCCUCCUCUCCUCUCAUUCACUCUCUGCACCUCUUUUGUUUGUUCUUUAUUUGGAUCCCCAUUAGCUGACGCCUUGGCCCUAGCGACCGCUAGCCUGCCUGGAGUCCACAAAAUAAAGACAUUACCAACAUAACAGAUAUGCCCAAAAAACAUAUGAAAAACUCUGUAGAUUUUGCAGUUGUCACAAUGGACAGCGGUAGACAUCACAGACAUUGAACAAAGGACAGUGAGACGAGAGAACUCAAAGAAACACAAUACUUCUGACACGAUCCCUAUUUCGACUUCCCUGUCUCUCUCUCACAGUCUUUAUCCCCAAUAAAGAAAUGAAAACAGUUGCAAGGUGUGGGACUGCCUCCUUGAAAAUAAUAAAUCAUCUUAAAACAUUUUUCUUCACCCGUCUUCUCUCCCUCAGACGGACCGAGCGGUGCAGUUGCUGUUGGAGACUAGUGCUGACAACCCCAGUUACUACUGUGACUCGCUGAAGGCGUGUCUGGUGACCACCAUUACCUCCUCAGGGCCCUCCCAGAGCACCAUCAAACUAGUGGCCACCAACAUGAUCGCCAACGGCAAGCUGGCAGGUAACUGGAGGCCAUAGAAUUAAAUAUAACUCAAGUUUAUAGAAGGUUUAUGACAUCUGCCACUCUAGUAUUGUAUUUCUAAGAUACCCUUCCACAGCACCAUCAAACUGGUGGCCACAAACAUGAUCGCCAAUGGCAAACUGGCAUUGACUGGUGGCCAUAAAUUUAAAUAGAACACUAGUUCCAUUAAGUUUUAUGAUGUCAGUCACUCAAGUAUUAUACUGAAUAUCUACGCUGGUGGCAACAAAGAUACUAUUGUUUCAACUGUGGUACCAUUGUGGUGUAUGCCAUGGGCUCUUCCUACCUUGGCUCUAAUACCCAGACCAGCCUAGGCAGAGCCUCUGCCAUUGCACACCCCCACCUUUAGUUCUAUGGAGUAGGUUGAGUGUAUUAUUAUGCAGUGUAUUAUUACCCUGGUCCCCUUCUGCAGCACAGCAGCUCACAUAACAGGUAAUUUAACUCCACAGCCCAUAAAAAAGUCAUUGUAGCGCAGCUAUAGCUGCCCUUAUUAAUCAAUCCUCAACCCACCGUCAUCUCGCACACUUCAUCACUCUCUCUUUCUCGCUCUCUGUCUCUCUCGCUAUCUCUCCCUCUCCGUCCGUCAGAGGGGGUGCAACUGCUGUGUUUGAUUGACAAGGCUGCGGACGCAUGCCGAUACCUGCAGACUUAUGGGGAGUGGAACCGUGCUGCCUGGCUGGCUAAGGUAACUUAUCUUUCACGCAUCUGUCCAUCAUCAUUAUCCCAUCUAAAGUAUUAGGGCCAGAGAAACUCUCAAAUCAUAUUGCUGGGCUGGAGUCAAGGAGAUGGUUAGUUGCAAAUCAAAGCGUACAGUAAUAUAAAAUGUAGUUGUCAGUGGUAGUUGAGAUAAUGGAAUGGAAAUGAUAACUUGAUCUCUUAUGUGUGCCUCUGUAUGCGCGUGUGCCUGCAAACUGUGUGUCAGGUGCGUCUGAACCCGGCAGAGAGCUCAGACGUGCUAAAGCGUUGGGCAGAGCACCUCUGCUCCCCCCAGGUCAACCAGAAGUCUAAGGCCAUCCUAGUGCUGCUCUCCCUGGGCUGCUUCCAUAAAGUAGGAGAGAUGCUCCAAAGGUAACCGUAACAGCGUCUCUCUCUCAUGUUCCCCCAUUAUCAGCUCCUUUGGGACUUUAUUCAGCUUUUUGCUCCGCUUUGUGUUAUCCAUCACUCUUGAUCUCCAAAUUGGUCCUCCUUUUUUAUCUCCAACUCUUGUAUGCGCACAAAAACACACUGUCACUGUCUAGCUUUGAGCAUUUGCAAAGGUGUGGUGGUGCUCUCCUACCUUGCUUCUUUCUCCAUGUUCAAUAUUGAUCUGCUCUGUGUAAGUAGACCUGCUUUCUCAGUGGCAGCCUGCAUUUUAAUGUGCCUCCCCAUGACACAUCUCAAAUGAAAUUUGAAAGGUAUGUGGCUGGCAGGUUGACGUGAAGCUUCAAGAGUAGAGACAUAAAAGUUGUUAUGAUGCAUACCUCUCUCUGAGUUCUCUCAAACCGUCUCUCCCACCCCCCUUCCUCUCUCUCUCUCUCGUAUCUCUCCCUCUCUUUCUCCCAUCCAUCCAUCUAUCUGAACUGUGACAGCAUGAGGUACUUUGACCGCGCGGCGCUCUUCAUUGAAGCCUGUCUGAAGUACGGGGUGAUGGAGGCCAACGAUUCCACCAAUAUCCUUUCAAAGUCAAGACCUCAUGAAUGGCUGCGCUAUUCAGGCUAUUCUCAAUCUUUCUCAAAAAGUUUGUCUAGUUUAAUACUACAGCAGUCUGGAACAGAUUGGACUUACCUUUAUAGUACAGUGCACAUGCUUUAUUUUCUUUACCUGAAGAGUGGACACCACACUACCUUUUGUACUUUGAUGUUUUAUUCAGACAGAAAAGAGGGAGAUUGAUGAAUAGGUGAAACUGUAUGAAGGGUUGAGGCGGGGAUUGAACCCCAGUCUCUGGGGUUGUGGUAUACAGUAUGUGCAGAGUGUUAACACUCAACUACAGGCUGAACACUUCACAUCCUUUAUCCAACCAGAUCUUACUGUGCUUUGGGGGUUGUCUGGUUCUUGUGGCUAGCACACUUUAUUUAGCAACUUCAAUUCACUGUCCCUCUUUAAAUAGCUAGGUUAGGCUACCUUCUGUCCAAGAUUUUACAUUUUACAUUUUAGUCAUUUAGCAGACGCUCUUAUCCAGAGCGACUUACAGUUAGUGAAUACAUAUAUAUAUUUUUUUAUACUGGCCCCCCGUGGGAAUCGAACCCACAACCCUGCCGUUGCAAACGCCAUGCUCUUAUCAACUGAGCUACAUCCCUGCCGGCCAUUCCCUACCCUACCCUGGACGACGCUGGGCCAAUUGUGCGCCGCCCAUGAGUCUACCAGUCGCGGUCGGCUGCGACAUAGCCUGGAUUCGAACCAGGAUCUCUAGUGGCACAGUUAGCACUGCGAUGCAGUGCCUUAGACCACUGCGCCACUCAGGAGAAUCAGAGAACUCGAGCACAGAGAACAAAAACUCAGGUUGAAUAGAAAAAUGUAUCCUGGAGUUGCAUACCCUGCUAGGUUAGCCCUAUGGAGUAGUCUGCUGUGUGUCUAUUCCAUGAGUAAUCAUGAGUGAGAGGAAUCGAAAGUGUUGUUGUGCAGAAGGUCCUGGGUUCGAGCCCAUUGAUGGAUUUUAUUUGAUACCAUUUCCAAGGGUUUUCUCCUUGACCUAUGUGUCUCCACAUAAGCUGAUCGGGGCUGCGUUCGUGGACUACGCCCGACUGCUGCGCAACCUGGGCCUGAGGGAGAGCGCCGCGUUCUGGGCAUCGCGGGCAGGGGGCGCCGGAGAGCAGCUGCUGGAGGAACUCUUCCAGGGAGAGGAGGCAGUGCCAGAGGCUGUACCCGGGGAGGAGGAAACGGAGGGCCUGGAGAACACCGAGUGACCCCAGGGUGUGGAGGAGAGGAGAACGGAGGAGUUGCCCAUAAACACAGAUCUACGAUCAGCUAACUCUCACCCCCUCCUAAUCGUAGCCAUUACAGGUGAAAAAUGCAAAACUGAUCUUGGAUCAGUGUUCUAGGGGCAAUUUAGGGGGAGAGGAGAGGAGGGGAAGUGUCUGUCACUGGAGUGUGCCAUGUCUGUGAAUGUGUUAGUGUGUGUUCUGAUUCAUCACGUGAUCAGUGUGCAUGUUGAUUUCUCCCCCCAGUGGCAGGCCAAAUGGAACCACACACACUCGCACAGCUAA